AUCGGAAUUAAAUAGGCUGGAAACUUCGCGUUGAGACUCUGCGGCGGUGGUGUUGUGAACGGUGAAAAUGAUGUUACCGCUACUGCUCUUAGCGACUCAGGUCGCGGCGCUCCUAGCUCAGGAUGUGGUCUGUCCAUGUGACAAACCAGAGCUCUGCAAACCUAUUCAAGGCGAGAAGGACUUCGAGGUAUAUGUAUUUGAUGUUGGAGGAAAAAGCUGGAAGUCGUACGACUGGAGCAUGGUGACAACUGUGGCUAUGUUUGGACCCUAUGAUCCAGAGCUUAUGUGUUACGCGCACUCAAAAGGCGCAAGGUUCGUCCUGAAAGGGGACGUUCCUGUAUCUGAAAUUGUGCAUCGUGACAACCGAACUGCCUGGAUCACAGAAAAAGUACAAUUGGCAAAGAAACUGUUUAUGGAUGGGAUCAAUAUUGACAUUGAGCAACCAGUGGAGGCAUUAUCUCGAGAGUACUUUGCUUUAAAUGACCUAGUAAAAGAAACUGCUGAAGCAUUUCAUAAAGAGAUCCCAGGAUCACAGGUGUCAUUUGACGUGGCAUGGUCACCUACGUGUAUAGACAAGCGUUGCUAUGACUACCAUGCUAUUGCAGCGGCGUCUGACUUAAUCUUUGUGAUGUCUUAUGAUGAGCAAAGUCAGAUAUGGGGUGAAUGUAUAGCAAAGGCUAAUGCACCUUUUUUCAAGACGAUGUCUGGAUAUGCUGAAUAUAUGUUGUUGGAUAUCCAUCCAAAGAAGAUGGUGAUGGGGGUUCCCUGGUACGGAUAUGACUACCCAUGCGAAAAGUUCUCAGAGAGGGGGGUUUGCACCAUCCCGAAGGUGCCUUACGAAGGUGCGCCUUGCAGUGACGCAGCUGGCCGGCAGAUCCCAUACAGCACGAUGAUGAAGCAGGUCAACGGCUCCCUGACAGGCAGUCUGUGGGACGAGGCACAACACGCCCCUUACUACAACUACCAGGCCAGCAAUGGGGAUAUCCACCAGGUGUGGUAUGACGACCCACGGAGCAUUUCCCUAAAGGCGGAAUAUGUGAAGAAGCUGGGCCUUCGCGGGAUCGGCAUGUGGAACGGCGAUCUCCUUGAUUACAGCAAUAACACCAUUGCCGAACAGCAGACUCAGGCUAUGUGGGAAGCCCUCAUACCAAAGUGAAAUGGUCCUGAAAAAUAGACUGAAAGAGGAACCAAAUAACUGCUUCAACCUGAUUUAACACUCCAAAUGAAACUGCUUUUUUUCAGUCAUAAGAAUAAGCACAUAUCCUGCAAACGUUGGCUCAGUUUUGUCUGUCACAUGGUAAUAAUGAGGAAUUAAAUUAUAAAGACACUUUCCGUUUUGUGUAAUGAUGACUAAUGAUGGAGCUAGAAACACUGGAAAAGAUUCAGAUUUUUCUGAACAUUUACGUGUCUGUAAAUGUCCUACGUUGAUUUCAGCUUGAAUUAAAUGAUUCAUUUAACAUUU